UUUUUUUAAGUACAGGAAGACAUAUAUGCAAAGCUCCUUUGCUUUGGACCCUCUAGUUUACUAAAGCUACUGUGUUGCUAACCCAGAACUGCUCCCUUCGUAUUGACCAAUCAUCAUGGCUUCAGUUUGGAAGAGACUGCAGCGUGUGGGAAAGCAUGCAUCCAAGUUCCAGUUUGUGGCCUCCUACCAGGAGCUGAUGGUUGAAUGUACAAAGAAAUGGCAGCCAGAUAAACUGGUGGUGGUUUGGACAAGAAGAAGCCGAAGGAAGUCUUCUAAGGCUCAUAGCUGGCAACCUGGAAUAAAAAAUCCAUACCGUGGUGUUGUUGUAUGGCCUGUUCCUGAAAACAUUGAAAUCACUGUAACACUUUUUAAGGAUCCUCAUGCAGAGGAAUUUGAAGACAAGGAGUGGACAUUUGUCAUAGAAAAUGAAUCCCCUUCUGGUCGAAGGAAAGCUCUUGCUACUAGCAACAUCAACAUGAAACAAUAUGCAAGUCCUAUGCCAACUCAGACUGAUGUGAAGUUAAAAUUCAAGCCAUUAUCUAAAAAAGUAGUGUCUGCCACUCUCCAGUUUUCAUUAUCUUGCAUUUUCCUUCGGGAAGGAAAAGCUACGGAUGAAGACAUGCAAAGUUUGGCUAGUUUAAUGAGCAUGAAGCAGGCUGACAUUGGCAAUUUAGAUGAUUUUGAAGAAGACAACGAAGAUGAUGAAGAUAACCGUGUGAACCAAGAGGAAAAGGCUGCCAAAAUUACAGAAAUUGUAAACCAGUUGAAUGCUCUGAGCAGCUUAGAUGAAGAUCAAGAUGACUGCAUAAAGCAAGCAAAUAUGCCUUCAGCUAAAUCAGCCAGUUCCUCUGAAGAGCUUAUCAACAAACUUAACUUUUUGGAUGAGACAGAAAAGGAAUUGGCCACUGUGAAUUCAAAUCCAUUUGAUGAGCCUGAUGAAACAUCAUUAAAUCCAUUUGGAGAUCCUGACUCUGAAGAAACAAUCACUGAAACCAUUUCACCUAGAAAGCCGGAAGAACCUUUUUAUAAUAACAGCUAUAGUCCCUUUAAAGAGGUACAAACUCCACAGUAUUUGAACCCAUUUGAUGAGCCAGAAACUUUUCUAACUACAAAGGAUUCUCCUCCCCACUCUACCAAAAGAAAAAAUGUAAGACCUGUGGAUAUGAGCAAAUACCUGUAUGCUGAUAGUUGUAAACCUGAAGAAGAGUUGGAUGAGUCAAAUCCUUUUUAUGAACCUAAACCAACUCUUCUUCCAAAUAAUUUGGUAAAUCCAACUCAAGAAUUGGAAACUGAAAGAAGAGUAAAACGAAAGGCUCCACCUCCACCAGUCCUCUCACCAAAGACAGGAGGAAUAAAUGAAAACACAGUUGUUUCAACUGGAAGAGAUCUCUCUACUUCUCCUAAGCCAAGUCCUAUACCAAGUCCUGUUUUAGGUCGAAAGCCGAAUGCUAGUCAGUCAUUGCUUGUAUGGUGUAAAGAAGUUACAAAAAACUACCGGGGAGUGAAAAUCACCAAUUUUACCACAUCAUGGAGAAAUGGUUUAUCCUUUUGUGCAAUAUUACAUCACUUUAGACCAGACUUAAUCGACUACAAGUCUCUGAAUCCUCAAGAUAUUAAGGAAAACAACAAAAAGGCAUACGAUGGAUUUGCCAGCAUAGGAAUUUCACGGUUAUUGGAACCUUCUGACAUGGUUUUAUUAGCAAUUCCUGAUAAAUUGACUGUUAUGACUUACCUCUAUCAAAUAAGGGCACAUUUCAGUGGACAAGAACUGAAUGUUGUGCAGAUAGAAGAAAACAGCAGUAAAAGUACUUAUAAAGUUGGAAACUAUGAAACAGAUACAAACAGUUCUGUUGAUCAAGAAAAGUUCUAUGCAGAGCUUGGUGAUCUGAAGCGGGAACCUGAACUCCAGCAGCCUACAAGCGGAGCAGUAGACUUCUUAUCACAGGAUGACUCUGUAUUUGUAAAUGAUAGUGGAGUUGGAGAAUCAGAAAGUGAACAUCAGACUCCUGAUGACCACCUAAGUCCAAGCACAGCCUCCCCUUAUUAUCGCAGGACUAAAAGUGACACAGAACCCCAAAAAUCCCAGCAGAGCUCUGGAAGGACUUCAGGAUCCGAUGACCCUGGGAUAUGUUCCAUUACAGAUGCAACCCAAGGGCAGAUUUUGUCAGGCAAGAAGAGACCACUGAAAGUCGAUAUGUUAGAACUCAGUGACUUAUAUGUUAGUGAUAAGAAGAAGGAGGUGUUCACACCCUUUGUUUGUGAGAAGACAGAUGAACAAAAGCUUCAGACUCUAGACAUCAGUAAUAAUUCAGAGCAAGAAAAAUUAGAGAACUACAGUUCCAUAGAAUGCAAAUCAGAUCCUGAAUCACCUAUCAAAAAAACAAGUUUAUCUCCAACUUCUAAACUUGGAUACUCCUACAAUAGAGAUGCAGACCUUACAAAGAAAAAACGCACUUCCCUGAGGCAGACAGAGUCUGAUCCAGAUGCUGACAGAUCCACUUCAAAUCAUACAGACCAGUCCACAAAAACGGUCCAGCAUCGAAUGCUAUCCAGACAAGAAGAACUUAAAGAAAGAGCAAGACUCCUACUUGAGCAAGCAAGAAGAGAUGCACUUUUAAAGGCAGCGAGUAAGCAGAACACCAGCGCAGCCACACCACUCUGCAGCAGGCAGCUAAGUGAUCAAGAUGAAGAGCGACGUCGGCAGCUGAGAGAGAGAGCUCGUCAGCUAAUAGCAGAAGCUCGAUCUGGAGUGAAGAUGUCAGAACUCCCCAGCUAUGGUGAAAUGGCUGCAGAAAAGUUGAAAGAAAGGUCAAAGGCAUCUGGAGAUGAAAAUGAUAAUAUUGAGAUAGAUACUAAUGAGGAGGUUCCUGAAGGCUUUGUUGUAGGAGGUGGAGAUGAACUUACUAACUUAGAAUAUGACCUUGACACUUCCGAACAAAAUAGUAAGCUGGUGGACUUGAAAUUGAAGAAGCUCCUAGAACCUCAGCCACAAGUUGCAAAUUCACCCUCCACUGAUGCCCAGAAAAGUGUAACUGAGAGCUCAGAGCAAGACAUUAAGAAUGGCACUGAAGAUCUCCAGACUGAACGGUUACAAAAAGCAACAGAACAUUUUAAAAAUCCUGUUGUGUUCAGCAAGGAUUCUACAGUCAGAAAAACUCAACUUCAGUCUUUCAGUCAAUAUGUUGAGAACAGACCAGACAUGAAAGGGCAGAGAUCAAUACAGGAAGAUACAAAGAAAGGAAAUGAGGAGAAGGCGGCGAUAACUGAAACUCAGAGGAAGCCAUCAGAAGAUGAAGUGCUUAAUAAAGGGUUCAAAGACACCAGUCAGUAUGUUGUAGGAGAAUUGGCAGCACUAGAGAAUGAGCAAAAGCAAAUUGACACCCGUGCCGCGCUGGUGGAGAAGCGCCUUCGCUAUCUCAUGGACACAGGAAGGAACACAGAAGAAGAAGAAGCCAUGAUGCAGGAGUGGUUUAUGUUGGUUAAUAAGAAAAAUGCCUUAAUCAGGAGAAUGAAUCAGCUUUCCCUUCUGGAAAAAGAACAUGAUUUAGAAAGGCGGUAUGAGCUGCUGAACCGGGAAUUGCGGGCAAUGCUAGCCAUUGAAGACUGGCAGAAGACUGAGGCCCAGAAGCGACGCGAGCAGCUUCUGCUGGAUGAGUUGGUGGCUCUGGUGGAUAAGCGCGAUGCGCUUGUUAGGGACCUGGACGCACAGGAGAAGCAGGCCGAAGAAGAAGAUGAGCAUUUGGAGCGAACUCUGGAGCAAAACAAAGGCAAGAUGGCCAAGAAAGAGGAAAAAUGUGUUCUUCAGUAGAUGUCAGACCAGAAUGUCUCCCAACAUUAUAGAAUCUUGGAUCCCAGACCAGAAAAAGACAGACUCCUUGUUGAUCUAAAACUUUCAACUCUUUGUUUGGCUGGAUUUACUUUACUACCAUCACCCCUUUUCAACCCUCCCUUCCAGAUAAUAUAGAGAACUCCAAAAUAGCUUUGUUUAAAGAAAUUUUUUGUGUGUUGUGUGAGUCAAUCAUUUCCUUGAAAUCAUGUGAAAUAGAUUUGCACAGACAACUUGU